AUCCGCACGUGGGGCUGGUCGUCGACCGUUUUGUCGGCUCGCAUAGAGGGCACAGAUAUGUUGGCUCAAGCUUCCCCACUGUUGCUGCUGCUUCUGUUAGUGACGCAGUGCUUGGAUGGGGCGGAUUGUAGCACCAUCACCACCCAACGGCCAGCGCCGCGCCGGGACGGGCAAUAUCCUCCGCCAGAGACUCUUGCCUUUCUGCGACCACUGGGCAAGCUGUGCCUGCAGGAGACGGGUGUUAGCCCGGAGGCGGUUAAGCGAUUCAGUGACGCCGAUCCGUUCGACGAUAAUCGUGCGCUCAAGUGCUACAUGGACUGUAUGUUCCGAGUAACGAACGUGACCGAUGAUCGCGGUGAGCUGCACAUGGGCAAGCUGCUCGAACAUGUGCCGACAGAGUUUGAAGACAUUGCACUGCGAAUGGGCGUGAGGUGUACUCGGCCCAAGGGCAAGGAUGUGUGCGAACGGGCGUUCUGGUUUCACAAGUGCUGGAAAACGUCGGACCCUGUGCACUACUAUCUGGUGUGAGAAGCGACAAAAGUCAACCGGGUUUGUUGUGUUGACCCAUUAAGUAAGUAUCUAGCUACAUUAAGACACACGCUGUUGCCUGCUGAAUGCCUGCCUGCUGACCAUUAUACAUCGGCACUCAAAACACAAGUGUGUGUGUGCGUGUCUCUGCGAUCUGAGGAUGGAUGGUCACGAAUGCGCCACAUCGUACAGCAAUCAAUCAAUCAAUGUACAACGUCCCGGCAGGGUGCGCAGAAUGGAAGUACAAGUUCAACGUGACCGUUUUUAUGAUUGAUUCUUGAAUAAACAGUAAGCACAACCGUUUA